UUUUGUAUCGUGGUUUUUCGGACGAAUCGUCUUUCGAAUGAAAAACACAUAACAUAACCUAAAAGUAAUUUACCUCUGUUCGGUUCUUUUACUUUCACGUACUCGUUUUUUGAAGUGUGGUGUGUCUUAGGACUUUUUUUUUAAGUCGUAACUUUAAAUAAUAAUCAAAUAUGACCAACUCCAAAGGUUAUAGGCAUGGUACUAGGGAUUUAUUCUCCAGAAGAUUCCGUAGACAUGGAGUCAUUCCUCUGUCAACGUACAUGAAAGUGUAUAAAGUUGGCGAUCGAGUUGAUAUUAAGGGAAAUGGAGCUGUUCAAAAGGGUAUGCCUUACAAAGUCUAUCACGGUAAAACUGGACGAGUAUUCAAUGUAUCUAAACACGCUCUUGGAGUAAUUGUCAAUAAAAGAGUCCGCAACCGUAUUAUUGCAAAAAGAAUUAACAUUCGUAUUGAACAUGUCAACCCAUCAAAAUGCCGAGAUGAUUUCUUGAAGCGCGUCAAAGAAAACGAAGAUAAAGUUGCUGACGCUAAAAAGAAGGGAAUCAGAGUGUGCCUUAAACGCAAACCUCAAGGACCCCGACCAGGUCACAUAGUAAGAGGAACGGAUCCAAUCAGUUUAGCUCCUCUACCUUAUGAAUUUAUUGCUUAAUUGCUGUUUUAAAUAUAAAUGUCGAUUUAAACACA